AGAAUUAUUCAAGGAUACAUGGAAUAUAUUAAUAAUUUACCAGCUGCUAAUACACCAGAAGUAUUUGGUCUUCACUCAAAUGCUGAUAUAACUUAUCAAAUAAAUACAGCAAAAGGUAUACUUGAUAUAAUAUUAAAUGUACAACCAAAAGAAGGUGGUUCACAGGGUGGUGAAACACGUGAAAAUGUUGUUUAUAAAUUAGCUUAUGAUAUGCUCAAAAAAUUACCAAAACAAUAUAAUUCAUUUGAGGUAAAAGAUGCAUUACAAAGAAUGGGUGCAUUAUUACCAAUGAAUAUUUUUUUAAGACAAGAAAUUGAUAGAAUGACAAGAGUUAUUAAAGAAGUACAAUCAACAUUGAGUGAUCUUAAAUUGGCAAUUGAUGGUACAAUUGUUAUGAGUCAAGGUUUAAAAAAAUCACUUGAUGCAAUGUAUGAUGCAAGAAUACCAGAUACAUGGCAAAAAAUAUCAUGGGAAUCAGCAGCACUUGGUUUUUGGUAUACUGAAUUAUUAGAAAGAGAUUCACAAUUUCGUAUUUGGUGUAAUAGUGGUAGUGGUUGGUUUUUAAAAUAUCAAAAUAUUACUUGUAAAUUUAUGUAAACACUGAAUGAACAAGUCGCUUGAGUUUGUGUUUUUCACAGUUAACAAAACUAUCAAAAACAUGCUUGAUUAUUUUUAAUUUUUUCCUACAAAAGUCUCGAGUUAUUUUUGUGAUAAAUUAAUUUUAAAUUUAUGGUGAUUAAAAGUAAAUAUAAUUUAUCUUUUGCAAGUGAAUAAAAUUUCUUCAAAAAUGUCUGAUGAAAAUGUUCAGGUUGUUGUUAAAAUAAGACCAUUAAUACAACGUGAAAUAAAAAAAUGUUUGCCAAUACAAUGGGCUGUUCAUGACAACACUAUUUAUCAAAAAGAUGGAAAAAUUAAUUAUCAAUUUGAUAAUAUAUUUAAUAUAGAUUCGAGAAAUCAAGAUAUAUUUAUAUCAACUGUUCAACCAAUAAUCAAUCAAUUUUUAUCUGGUAUUAAUUGUACAAUUUUGACAUAUGGUCAAACAAGUUCAGGAAAAACACAUACAAUGAUUGGAUCAAAAACAGAUACUGGAUUAAUUCCUCUCGUCGUUAGCCACAUAUUUGAUUGUAUUGAAAAUGAUUUAAGUCGUGGUUAUCAACUUUAAUUUCCCUACUUUGAAUUGUACAAUGAGAAAGUCAUAGACUUAUUUGAUAACAACAAAAACAACAAACAUUUAAAAAUAAAAAAAGAUAAAAAUGGCAAUGUGUUGAUAGACUGUAAACAGCUUGUUCUAAAAACAACUAAAGAAGUAUUACAAAAAUUAAAAAAAGUAAAUAAUAAUCGUCAUGUUGGUGAGACAAAUAUGAAUGAAAAAAGUAAUCGAAGUCAUGUAUUGUUGAAAAUAACAAUUGAGUCAUGCAAAAUUGGUGAUGAUUCAGAUGGUACAAUAAAAACAUCAUAGUUGACAUUGGUUGAUCUUGCUGGAUCAGAAAAUGCUAAACAAGCUGGUGGAACAAAUGAAAGAAGAAAUGAAGGUAGAUUUAUAAAUCGUUCACUUUCAUCAUUGUGCUCAGUUAUUAAUCAGCUUAGUGAUAAAAAUAAAAAAGAACCAAUGAUAAAGUACCAUUUAUUAAUUAUCGUGAUAGUAAAUUAACUAGAUUGCUACAACCAUCAUUAGGUGGUAAUUCAAAAACAAUGGUUAUUUGUACUGUAAGACCAGCAGCAUUGGAAGAAACACAAUCAACUCUUAC